GUCUCCGCCAGAUAACGUGGCCGCGCCUCCUCUUUCCCGUGACCUCCGCUUCCCCCUCAAAUCGAUUCAGAACCACACUCUCUCUUGCUCUCUCUUUCUCGUGGUCGCUUCACGCGACCAUUUCUUGGUCUCCGCCUCCUCCCACCUCGCCGCGCGGCAUGGUAGUGUCCAUGAACACCCGGAUGCUUCGACCGGCCACCGCCUACCGCUCGAGAUCCGCGGCCACAGAAGGCCGCGAGUUCAUCGGAACUAGGCUCGACUCGGAGCGCCUGCGAAGCGCUCGCAUCCCCGUCACCCACAAGCCCCUCGUCGUUCGAAUGUCCGUCGUCACCACCGACGUCGCUUCGGAUGUCAAGUUUAAAGAUGUGGAUCCGCAGCGGAGGGAUCCAGGGACAGUUGUGGCAGUUAUUCUAGGUGGAGGAGCUGGAACUCGUCUCUUCCCUCUCACCAAGCGUAGGGCAAAGCCCGCUGUGCCAAUUGGAGGCGCAUACAGGUUGAUCGAUGUGCCAAUGAGCAAUUGCAUCAACAGUGGAAUCAAUAAAGUGUAUAUUCUCACUCAGUUCAACUCCGCUUCAUUGAAUAGACAUCUUGCACGGGCUUACAACUUCAGCAAUGGUGUAAGCUUCGGUGAUGGCUUUGUUGAGGUGUUGGCAGCCACUCAAACUCCUGGCCAGGAGGGAAAGAGAUGGUUUCAGGGCACUGCUGAUGCUGUUCGGCAAUUUCAUUGGCUUUUUGAGGAUGCCAAAGGCAAGGAUAUAGAGGAUGUGGUUAUUCUCUCUGGGGAUCAUCUAUACCGAAUGGAUUAUAUGGACUUUGUUCAGAGUCAUAGACAAAGUGGUGCUGAUAUUACAAUUUCUUGCAUACCGAUGGAUGAUAGCCGUGCUUCAGAUUUUGGUUUGAUGAAAAUAGAUAAUAAAGGAAGAAUUAUUUCAUUCAGUGAAAAACCAAAAGGAGAAGACCUGAAGGCAAUGGAAGUCGAUACCACUGUAUUGGGGUUAUCAAAGGAAGAUGCAGCAAAGAAACCAUAUAUAGCAUCAAUGGGAGUAUAUGUAUUCAAGAAGGACUUACUUUUAAAUCUUCUCAGAUGGAGAUUUCCUACUGCAAAUGACUUUGGGUCUGAAAUAAUUCCUGCUUCUGCAAGAGAAUUCUGCAUUAAGGCAUAUCUAUUUAAUGAUUACUGGGAAGACAUUGGGACAAUUAGAUCCUUCUUUGAGGCAAAUCUUGCUCUUACUGCACAUCCACCUCGCUUCAGCUUUUAUGAUGCAGCAAAGCCAAUGUAUACUUCACGAAGAAACUUACCUCCAUCAAAAGUAGACAAUAGCAAGAUUGUUGAUUCAAUUCUUUCCCAUGGGACUUUCUUGGACAACUGCUUCAUAGAGCAUAGUGUAAUUGGUAUACGAUCUCGUAUAAGCUCUAAUGUCCACUUAGAGGAUACAGUUAUGCUUGGCGCCGACUAUUAUGAGACUGAUAUUGAAGUAGCAUCAUUGCUAGCCGAAGGGAGGGUCCCUAUUGGUAUUGGAGAGAACACAAAAAUAAGGAACUGUAUAAUUGAUAAAAAUGCAAGGAUUGGGAAGAAUGUGACAAUCACAAACUCGGAUGGAGUACAAGAAGCAGACAGAGCUGCUGAAGGUUUCUAUAUACGAUCAGGCAUCACCAUCAUUUUGAAGAACUCAACAAUUACAGAUGGGUUUGCCAUAUGAUCAGUUAUUAUUUUUCCCUUAAAUUUAUCAGUUACUUGUAAAAUCAUAGGAAAUUGUUUCUGAGGAAACUGUUGUAAAUUUCCUAGCAUAAAUAAUUUUAUGGGAAAUUGAUUGUUGUAAAUUUCCUAGCAUAAAUAAUUUUAUGGGAAAUUGAUUCCCAUGUAUACUGAAAUGUUUUGUUUGGUUUAGUGGAAUAAGGCUCAAACCAUCUUCCAGGAUU